GGAAGGCCUUUGUACCCUACAGAGUAGAUAAGACACACAGACGAGAGUAACAAGGGAUCCCUGCCGUGUUCAUGUCUUUUAAAAUCUGUUAAUUCUUGAGGAAUUCCUACAAAGCAACUUGAACAUGAACACACCAUGAGUCUCUCUUGGUUGCUGGAGACGGACCACAAGGUCCUGCGCUCGGUCAACGGCUCGCGGAGGAACAGCGGCUCGUCGCUGGUGUCCAGCUCCUCAGCCUCCUCCAACCUGUCCCACCUGGAGGAGGACACCUGGAUCCUCUGGGGGCGCAUCGUCAACGAGUGGGAGGAGGUGCGCAAGAAGAAGGACAAGCAGCUCCGGGACAUGGUGAGGAAGGGCAUCCCGCACCACUUCAGGGCCAUCGUGUGGCAGCUGCUGUGCAACGCCCAGAACAUGCCCAUCAAGGACCAGUACUCGGAGCUGCUGAAGAUGACGUCGCCCUGCGAGAAGCUGAUCCGCCGGGACAUCGCCCGGACCUACCCCGAGCACGAGUUCUUCAGGGAGAAGGACAGCCUGGGCCAGGAGGUGCUCUUCAACGUCAUGAAGGCCUACUCGCUGGUGGACCGCGAGGUGGGCUACUGUCAGGGCAGCGCCUUCAUUGUGGGACUGCUGCUCAUGCAGAUGCCAGAAGAGGAGGCGUUCUGCGUCUUUGUUAAGCUGAUGCAGGACUACAGGCUAAGGGAGCUUUUCAAGCCUACCAUGGCCGAGCUGGGGCUCUGCAUGUAUCAGUUUGAAUCUAUGAUCCAGGAGCACCUCCCUGAGCUCCAUAUCCACUUCCAGGCCCAGAGUUUCCACACCUCCAUGUACGCGUCCUCCUGGUUCCUCACCAUCUUCCUCACCAACUUCCCACUGCCCGUCGCCACCAGGAUCUUCGACAUCUUCAUGUGCGAGGGUCUGGAGAUUGUGUUUCGUGUGGGAUUAGCUAUUCUCCAGAUGAACCAUGCAGAACUCAUACAGCUAGACAUGGAGGGAAUGCUCCAGCACUUUCAGAGGGUCAUACCUCACCAGCUGGACAGCGGCCCUGAUAAGGUCAUCCAGGCUGCCUACCAAGUCAAGUACAAUGCUAAGAAGAUGAAGAAGUUAGAGAAGGAGUACACUACCAUCAAAACUAAAGAAAUGGAAGAACAGGUUGAAAUAAAGAGACUGCGGACAGAGAACAGACUCCUGAAGCAGAGGAUUGACACUCUGGAGAAAGAAAGUGCUUCCUUGGCAGAUAGGUUGAUCCAGGGACAAGUGACUCGAGCGCAGGAGGCGGAGGAGAACUACCUGGUGAAGAGGGAGCUGUCCACUGUCAAGCAGCACACUGAGGAGCUCUCUGUUCAGCUGGAGCAGGCCUCCAAUGCCAUCCUGCACCUGCAGCAGACCCAGCAGCCCCGAGCGAAGGUGCACGCGCGCUACUCUGAGGACUCCGUCCUCCAGCUGGAGAGAGAGCUUGUCCAGGCCAGACUGAAGGAGGCCGAGUCCCAGUGUGCCCUCAAAGAGAUGCAGGACAAGAUCCUGGACAUGGAGAGGAGGAACACGUCCCUGCCGGACGACACCAACGUGGCGCGGCUGCAGGAGGAGCUGAUCGGGUCGAAGCUCCGGGAGGCGGAGGCCCUGACCGGCCUGAAGGAGCUCCGGCAGCAGGUCCGCGACCUGGAGGACCACUGGCAGCGCCACCUGGCCCGCACCACGGGCCGCUGGAAGGACGCGCCCCGGAAGAACGCGCUCAGCGAGCUCCAGGACGAGCUGAUGAGCGUGAGGCUGCGCGAGGCCGAGGCGCAGGCCGAGCUCCGGGAGACCCGGCAGAGGAUGAUGGAGCUGGAGACGCAGAGCCAAAUCCACAGCAACCAGCUACGGCGAGCGGAACAAGAGGGGCGGGCCUUACAGGACCGUGUUCAGACCCUGACCACCCAGAAUAAAGACCUCACUGGGCAGCUGCAGGAGAUCAAACGCAAGCAGGCAGAGAUCCAGUGCAAGAGUAAGGAGGAGGUGAUGGCGGUCCGACUGCGAGAGGCUGACAACAUCGCAGCCAUGGCGGAGCUGCAGCAACAUAUCUCUGAGCUUGAGAUCCAGAAGGAGGAGGGGAAGGUGCAAGGCCAGCUGAACCACACAGACUCCAGGCAGUACAUCCGAGACCUCAAAGACCAGAUCGCAGAGCUCAAACAUGAGGUCUGCUGUUUGAAAGCCCAGCGGAGCUCGUCCGGCCAGCCCUCCUAUGACGGCAUCCAUAUCGUCAACCACUACACGGGCGGCAGCGGCGUGGGCGAGCCCUACCACUCGUCGGACGAGGACAGCGCCAAGGGGGCCGUCCUGGCGGGCGGCGGGCUGGGGGGCAUUGGCCCCGGCCGCAUCCGACUCCACCCCAACCUGGACGACACGGACAGCGACGGCGAGGAUGACGGGGAGACCCUCCGCCUCUCACUGCCCUCCAGUGCCCCCCCCCACAAGUCCACCGCCGUCUGACCCCCUCUGAUUGGCUGCUUCCGACCCUGAGCCAGUGAUGGAAUGCGUUGACAUUUCGUGUUGUGCGACAGACACUCGUAGCGUUUGUUUUGUUUUUCUUUAACACCUGGCGGGGCGGCGGAGAUACAGCCAAUGGGAACCAUGUUUAGAUCAACUAACCGCCCUCUGCAGGGUCACAUGACCACUGCGGCUGGACCUAUCAGAGCUUGGGGAAGCAGCAAAGGACAAGCACUCUACCCACCCCCCCCCCCCCUGUGCCUUUGCAAUGCAAUCAUGAACACUUUAUGACACUUCACCAAAUGGGCUUUUAUUUUGAAAUGUUUUUUAAAAAACAAAGCAUUAAAUCAGCGCUGUUAAUUAGGUGUCACGUGCAGGUCUAGGCUUGGGGCCUUUGCUUAAAACCACAUGCUUUCCAUUACACUUGGGCCCAAUCCCAUUUCUACCCCUUACGCCUUCCCCUUACCCCUUCCCCUUACCCCUUCCCCUUACCCUUACCCCUUCAAAACAAGGGGGAGGGGGAAGGGGUAAGGGGUAGAAAUGGGAUUGGGCCUUGGUCUAGCAGGAGGUGAGGUCAAUCGCGUAAACUUGUAUAUCUCUGUAUAUAUGUAUAUUAUGUUUGUCUUUGUUUGUUUUGGUCUUCAUUCGAAACUUGAAAGUAUGUAUCUAACAUGUAGAAUGUGUUGACAGAUCAGAUGAAAGGGAAUUUGAACUCUAUAUAUUGCAAUCAUUCCCCCUACCUUUCCCACUUGAAUCCAGCCCUCUCUAAAGAUUAUUGGAGACCCAGUCAAUGGGGAGUGGAUUGAUUCGCCCAUCAUUAAAACAUGUCCCAGUUAUUUUGUUUGAGCAUGUUACUAAUUAAAAAUAAGUCCUACUGCAGUAAAAAAGAAAAGAAAAAAAAGAGGCUGGUUUUGAAGUACUGUUACUGUUAGAUUGAAAGAAUUAUGGAAACCAGUUCAGUUUGACAUGAAUGUCUGGCUAUUCAAGGGAAAGUUUAUACUGAAAGUGAAAAUCAUAACGUAUGAUGAUGACACGUAUUAUGAUACGAUCUAUGACUAUUCAAUUAAAUUGGAUAUUUUCUCAACUUUUUGACCGUUUUGUUUUGUGUGUGUUUAUCAAUGCCUAUCCACCCUAUAAACAUGAAGGUACGAAUUUAUACCAGUAAAGGCCAAGCCCCAUUUCAAAAGAGACCUAUUAUUUUGAUGGAAAGUUUAACUGAUCAAUGCCAAUGAUUUCCCUAUGUUGGGGUUUGUUAAGGAGGCAUUUGUUGAAUUGUGCGCAAACAUUAACACUAAACCAGACCGCACACUCUGCAAGGUGAGAUUGUUGUGUGCGAUGAAUUUUUAAUAAAAUGUUUGAUAAAG